UGCGCACUGCGGCUUUCCCGCUCACAGCGAUUCUGACGAGGCGAGGCGGAUCAUUCCCGCGCCUUUAGCUUUCAAUGCAACAGACCUAAACAGAAGAAAUAAGAGAAGAGCUCUGGAAGUAAACACGCGCUCCAGCCGUUCCUUCAUCUGAGCGACGUGUCCCGCCGUGCGCGCAGCCGCCCUGCUGCUCGUGCCCGCGCGCGUCGUGAGCAGCACGUGACUGUCCGAGUCCCGUUUUAACGGCUGUCAUGUCCAAACUGGAGCAGAUUCUGAUCCUCGACCCGCCGGGCGACCUCCGCUUCAGAGGACCCUUCACAGAUGUGGUGACCACUAACCUGAAGCUGAGGAACCCGUCUGACAGAAGAGUAUGCUUCAAAGUGAAGACCACAGCUCCUCGCCGCUACUGCGUGCGGCCCAACAGCGGCGUCAUCGACCCCGGCGCCACCGUCACCAUCUCCGUCAUGCUGCAGCCGUUUGAUUACGACCCUAACGAGAAGAGCAAGCACAAGUUCAUGGUGCAGUCCAUCUUCGUGCCGCCCAGCGUGAGCGACCUGGAAGCCAUGUGGAAAGAUGCCAAACCGGACGACCUGAUGGACUCCAAGCUGCGCUGCGUGUUUGAGAUGCCUUCAGACAGUGAGAAGCUGAGCGAGCUGGAGUCCACCAAAGCCUCGUCUGCUCUGAACGCCUCGAAGACCGCCGGCAGUCUGUCCACGGACGACACGGAGAUGAGGAAGCUCAUGGAGGAGAGCAGGAGACUGCAGACAGAAGUGGGGAAGCUGCUCGACGAGAACCGCCAACUCAAGGAUGAAGGGUUGAGGAUGAGGAAGGCCAAUCAGUUUGACAGCUCCGUCUCCAAGUCUUCGGCGGCGAUGCUGAGCAAAGAUCCCGCCUCCAGAUCGCUGCCGUCGCUGCUGGUGGUCAUCGCCGCCAUCUUCAUCGGGUUCUUCCUCGGGAAGUUUGUCUUGUAGAGUUCUGCCGGAGCGGAGCGUGCGCUCUUGUUGAUAAGCGUGGCGUCUGCGCAGACGAGUCCCACGGCAGCGGAAAUAAAAGUGUCUGUGUACAGGAUCAUUCAAACAGGCCUUGCCUUUCUCACACGGUUAGUACACUCACUCACUCACACACACACACACACACUCAGAAGCGGGCCGUCUGUGGUUCCGGGUGGGUUUCUCUGGGGUCAGGGAAGAAGAAAUUGUCCAUUUGUCCGAGCAUCACUAGCAGCCCGAUGGAGGCACUGUUUGUGUAGAGACCUGAAACAACAUCAAUCAACCUGAAAAACCUAUCAGUCAAUAAAAGGACGUGUUUCUCUUUCUCUCUGUGGUUUAUUAAGAGUUUAAUGGAAUGUUUAAGUGUCAUGUACAUGUUCUUUGGAUUCUUUUGAGCAAAUGGGAAGCAAUGCAGAUUCAUCGUCAUACAAACACAAGCUGAUGUCGCUGGACGGUGACGUUACACACAUUUCCACGUUUGUUUUCUCGAAUGUGACGACGUCAGCCGGGAACGAACGCAAGCGAUUCUGAUCAUUUCACGGAGUUUUCUUUAUGCAAAUUAUUCUAUAUUCGAUUGUGAGGCAACUUGACUGAAUAGAUCAGGUUUGCAGUCCUGUCCCGUGGUGUUUAACAUGCUGAAAUAAAGAAUCUUUAACACUCUU